AUCAAAUCCAUGGUGUAAAUGAUUCAACCCUCCACUCUUGCCAAAGCGUUGGAGAUCGCCCUCUUACAAGAGAAUACCAUAUUAACCUUAAACAAAGGACCCAAAACCUUCAAACCACUCCCCUACUCUAAGUGGACCAAUCCAAAUUCUAGUCCCCAGCCAAAUAAAACCACAUCUAAACCUAUCACCUAUUCAGAAUCCAACAACCCUCUUAAAUUCAAAGCUAUCACUCCUACAGACUUCCAACCCAAAAGAGAACUGGGGUUGUGUUAUAAAUGUGAUGAAAAGUAUGCUAAGGGGCAUGUAUGUAAGAAUAGAAUGCUCAAUUUAAUACUAGUAGAGGAUGAAGGUGACGGGGAGUUGGAGGAACCACAAGAUGGGGUGGGAGAACAGAUGAACCAAGAGGUGAGGGAUGAAGUGAUGCAGAUAUCCAUCUAUGCAUUGGUAGGCAGCCCUGUGGAAGAGACAAUUAGACUCACCAGGAUGAUUAAAGGAAGGAAGGUAUCUAUAUUAAUUGAUAGUGGGAGUACUCACAGUUUUAUAGAUGAACAAUUGGCUCAAUUGAUCAACUGUAAGAUGUUGCAAGCAAAACCCAUUUUGGUGACUGUUGCAGGGGGAGGAAAUCUGGUCAGUAAAGCGAUGUGUAAUCCAUUAGUCUGGAGGAUGCAGGACUUGGAAUUUCAGUUUCAGCAGAGGGUGCUUAAAUUGGGGGAAAGCGAUAUGAUACUUGGAGUGGAUUGGCUAAGGCAAUUUAGCCCUGCGUUGUUUGAUUUUGUUAAAGGAAGCAUAACCUUCCAUCAUGAGGGCACAGAAAUUAAACUCCAGAAUGAAGCAAUCAAUGAAGAGUUCCAGAUGAUGAUUGGUAAUGGAAAGAAAGGUGAAUUCAAGAAGCAACCUAAUGGUAUAGUGGCUCAGAUUAAGGAGGUAGAAUUUGGAAAUGAAAUACCAGAGAAUUCAGUUAAGAUGAAGGAAACAAAAGAGAUAGAGGAUAAUCCAGUUAAGAUGAAGGAGAUAGAGGAAAUAGAGAUGAGGUUUGACAAGGAAGCCUAUGGAGCUGUAGGGCAACUGUGUUUCCUCAUUGAGAAUAACAAACGUGAGAUUCCUGGCAAGAUCACGGAGAUGAUUGAAUUUUUUCCUAAAGUCUUUGAGGAGCUGAAUGGGUUACCUCCUCCCAUUUCACAUGAACAAAAUAUUCCAGUAACAAAUGGAGUACAGCCAUUCAAAACCAGACCUUAUAUACAUCCUUUUGUCAAGAAAAUAGAAAUAAAGAGGCUAGUUUUGGAGAUGCGAAAAUACAAAUUGAACCAACAAUUGAAGGAGAACUUAUCUCAGGCCAUAGCUAAGAUAAAACUUUAUGCAGACAAAAACAGAGCAGCAAGGUCUUUUGAAACUCCUUGUCAGCUCUGCUACUUUCCGAGGACAAACAGCCACUACAGGCAACCUGGGAAGGCUCCAUAUGGAUUAACACUACCUAGGGGGUCAUUUCCAAUGAUUUCCUCGUCAAAUUGGAGGUGCAUCCUAAUGUUUUUGGGCCCGCUGGAUCCAAUGGUGGUGUUAAUUUGCUCAAAACCUGCCCUUGAUUUGAAGAAACCGAGCCAGCAGCUUGCGGUGUAUGAAGACCAAUUGGCUGAUUCAAGAGAAAUUGGCUGAUUCAAGAGAAAUUGGUGGGGACCCAUAUGUGGAUCUUGUUCUUCAUGAUGAAUAGAUUGUAAUGGUGGUGGUGUGCGACCGUAGUUGUUGACGCCAGUGCCGAAAAUUUGGGAAGACAGUUCUCCGUUCGCUGCCUUCGUACUGGCAACGGUUCGAUUCUAUUUAAGUUGUUUCGUGAUGAUAUGGGACCAUGUACUUGUUUGUCUCGGUGAGUAUUAACAGCCUGUGGUGGAGUUUUGGCAUGGGUGAUGGGUGAUGAUGGGUUGGUCGGAGUUGGAGGUGAAACCGUGCUUGGGGAUGGAUUUUUGAGCCUGAGAUUCAUUUGAUUUUUGAUCUGUUGGGGCUGUUUGUUGGUAUAGGAUUGUAGAGUGGGAUGAGGAGGUGGUGGUGGUGUGAUAAUUCGGUGGUUUAUCCAACGGUAUGGUGGUCGAAUUUGGCUUUGAAACCACCGGCUCCGUACGGUGCAGUAGACGACGAUUCACGUUAAA